AUGGUCAACGAUAGUGCUGAGGCCGUCAAGAGAGCCGGCGAAGCCACGAAACAAGUAUCUCAAACCGGAUUGGCUCGAGUCUUCUCCAAUGACACGACUCUAAUCAACUGGGUUCACGUUGGAGUCAUCGCUCCUGGUCUGGCGUAUCUCAAAUAUCGCCCUCAACUCAUCCAGUACAUGCCUGCCGUUGGAGCGGCGGUGGCGGCUAUCCAUCUCCUGGCAAUUGCUCAGAAGAAGUAA